AUGGCUGUGUGCUACGAUCACCUGAAAGGCAUAAGGUCACCAAUUCCCAGUGGCCCAGCUCACGAGACAGCUGUUACAGCUCGUCUGUCCUCAUGGGCACACACAUACACACUUAUACAGGAAGUCAUGACGGCUGGCUGGAACCUCUCCAGGGCCAAAGCCUCCUCUGCUCCGCUUCCUCUGUCAGGUUACAACCUGCUUUCAUCACACACACACCAUUUAUUAGACAAUGUGUUACUCCGGCUGAAUGGAGUGCGUGUCGAAAAAGCUUUGAAAAGGCUUGAAAAGAACCCUUCCCCGCUAUCCAGGAAAUUGGACUCGCCGCAAAGAGAAAGAUCUCUACCUGUUUGUGCACCGUACCUGGAACUGGAUUCGCCCUCGGCGCUUCACCGGAUCUCUGACCUCCUGGCUCUGACAACCUUCUACAUCACCAAAAUAGGCUUUGGCUUCGCCCUCUGUAUCAUCUGCUCUGUUCUGAUCUCUUGUCUUUCCUCCGACCACCGAUACAUCAGCGUCUGGGACCAACUAGCAACCACCACCGCUUCGCUUUGGCAGAUGGACUGGAUCCAACUGGCAGAAGCUAACCUCACCCUCUGGGCAUGGACUGAACUAUAAGACAAGGAUAGCGACUCACAUAUUCUUUAUCAUCCACUUCCACAAAGACGUGGUCACUAACCUGCUGUCUCCACCCAUAGAGGUUCUUGCCUUAGACGCCAUCGCUGCUUCCUCUGAUUCAGUUUUCAAUAAACAUUUUGAGAAAUCUGUUUGUCCACUUUGUAUAUUAGAUCCUUCUUUUUGGACCUUGUG